UCGGUCUUUUGGCAGUGCCAGAUCAGACGCUGGACCGCUAGCUCGUUUCGCGCGCAAGGUCCGGCACGGUCACGCACGCGUAAGAAUUCUGUAUCCUCUCUAUCACGCCGUGUGCCCUCCUCUCAACCUGAAUAUUUUCCUCUAUACGAACAUUGUCCCCGAAUGUUCCUGUCUCAGUUUUAAGUAUCACCGUCCCGUCGGCUGGUCAUCAGAGUAGUGCGGAACCCUGGAGAUGUAGUUUCAGCGGAACUAGCGUCCCAACACGCGAUUCACCGAACGGUCUCAGCACCUUGCCAGCGGCCCAUGUAAUGUGUAGACGACACUCUGAGGGACAUUGACGGCGUGUCGAUAGAUGUACGGGUAGUCUCGGGAUAAUUCCAUGUUGUUAUUAAUGUUAUUUUUCCCCUUUCUUCUCAACUGUUAAACAGGCCACAGUGUGAGCAGUUGGCGUGCAGAGCAUGCGGCCGCUGCUCGCAUCCGCAAACGGAGGCAGGUCAACGUCGCCGUCUCGUAUUUGUCGACUACUUGACUGUCCAAGCAUCGCACCUUUCGCACAGAUUUACCGCGGAUUAUGAUGUUACGUCGGCGAGAGCAUCGAAGGAGACAGCGGUCGCGAGCGGAAAUACUCCUAGACGCGCUCUAGCGGACGCUAGUGAGCCGUCCUACUCUGCACGUGCUUCGGAAGUGCCGAAUCGUCCACAGCGCGUCCGGCUCCGCGGUGUGUGUGCAGUUCAUUGACUACGGAGCUCUGUUGAAGAGAGCAUAUGGACCAAGACUGCGAUAUCUGCGUGUGGAGGUGUUUUUACCAUUCCCAACUGUGUUUGUUGUGUGGCACUAGACUAUGGCUGUAGGAGGCUGGCUAGCCGGAGGCGCGGGACCGACCCUGCUCCACGCAUACCUUGAAUCUUCUGGAGGUGCGUCCGCCACGACGGUGGGCGCAAAGGGAACACCGAGUCAAGUGAAUGGCGAGCGGAAAGGCUGCCAUCGAGACGCACCUUGCAAAAUUCGCCGGUGCAAAGCAGCGUGCGGUGCAGGCAGAGUGCGCGCGUUGACCGACUCGUUUGGUGUCAUGUGCGCGUCCGUAGCUUCGAGGACACGUUCUUACUUCGAACGUCCUGCGAACCUAGAAGCCAGUUCGAGCGCAGUUCCAGCAGAGGAGCAGCGGCAGGCGUCAUCCCAUUGCCAUCGACGCCAACAUCCCCAGCAAAAGCGGCGGGACGGUGUCGACUGUGUAGCCGCCAAAGUACCGACGACGUGUGUGGACUACGGUGUUGGACGGAAGUGGUGUCCGACCGGUGCCGCGUGGAUGCCCGCUGUGUGUGCCGGUGUCGUGGCUGUGCUGUGUUACAUGAACUCGCUGGAUGGCGAUUUCGUGCACGACGAUAUGGUGGCGGUGGUUGGGAACCCCGAUGUCACCGGUGAGAACAGGCGACACGCGCCGUCGUCACCGUCGUCGCUUUGGAUGAACGACUUCUGGGGUCGACCGAUGGCCGAUCCCCGGAGCCAUAAGUCGUACCGGCCCCUCACAGUGCUCAGCUUCAGGGCCAACUACUACGCUAAUGGGCGCCAGGUGCGCGGCUACCACAUGGUCAACGUGGCUCUGCACUGCGCAUGCUCUGUUCUGGUGGCCAUCGUCGCACGCUGCGUGAUGCGGAUACCUGCCCUCCACGCGUGCCUGGCUGCGACGCUGUUCGCUGCUCAUCCAGUACACACCGAGGCCGUGUCCAGCAUAGUUGGCCGAGCCGAAGUGCUGUGCUGCCUGUUCUUUCUCCUCUCGUUCCUCUGCUACCACUGCUGCCAAUCCAGUCGUGGCAAAGGAGGUCACGGAAGGUCGAUGUGGCUCGCAGCCUGCGGUCUGUGUGCCGUAUGCGCGCUGCUCUCCAAGGAGCAAGGCAUCACCGUGCUGCCGCUCUGCAUGGCCCUGAGGUUCCGCGCACUAGUCGUUGAUUCUACGACUCCAGAACGACAGAUGCAGUGCCAUACGUCCCACCGACGACGGUGGCCAAUCUGCAGACACUGCGUGCGAGAUACGGUCUACCGAUGCUUCUGGGAUCGUGACCUUGCCGCCCUUGCGGCAUUGACGACAAUACUACUAUGCUUCAGGAUAUGGAUUCUACAAGGAAGCUUCCCCGAAUUUUCCGAGAUGGACAACCCUGCUUCCUUCUCACCGAUGCGUGCAACCAGGCUGCUGACUUACAGCUACCUAUGCGCUUUCAACGCCUGGCUCGUGUUGUGUCCACGUACCCUGUCUUACGAUUGGCAGAUGGGCAGCGUACCUCUCGUGACGUCACCGUUUGACCCCAGGAAUCUGGCAACAGUGGUUGUAUUCGUUGCGCUUGCAGCCCUCGCCUGGCGAGCCUUGAGCCCGUGGCAUCGUAAUAGCAGGUCUGCCGGUGAGCCAAGACAGCAGUGCUGUUACUUCAACAAUGCUGAGAGCCUGCACGAGCCUUCUUCGGGAUUACUAGUGGCGCUGCUCCUGACCGUGCUGCCUUUUCUUCCGGCGUCCAACCUCUUUGUGACCGUCGGCUUCGUUGUCGCCGAGAGAGUUCUCUACAUUCCCAGCAUCGGCGUGACUCUACUCGUGGCCGAAGGAUUGUGCCGCCUCCACACGCGGUGCAGUCGAGUAAUCAGGUGGUGCAGCUUGGCCUCCUGCGUCGUUCUAGUGUUCCUGUUUGCUGCACGUACCUGGAACAGGAACAGCGUGUGGACCUCUAGAGAAACCUUGUUCGAAUCGGGCAUCAGCGACCUCCCAGAAAACGCGAAGAUGCACUACAACUACGCUAAUCUGCAGAAGGACAUCGGCAAUUCUGACCUGGCCGUCAAGCACUACAGGCUGGCAAUCGAGUUGUGGCCCGAGCACGCCAGUGCGCACAACAACUUGGGGACUGUGCUGACAUCGACAGAAGAGUCAGAACAUCACUUCCGGUAUGCCUUGCGUGUCAAUCCAAACCAUCCAGGGGCUCAUUUUAACCUCGCCAAUAUCUACAGCAAGCAAGGCCAAAAGGAGGUUGCCCGGACUCUGCUGGAACGAGCGGUAGAGCUGGAGCCAGAUUUCUGCGAGGCCUACUCGUCGCUGGCAGCGCUGGCCGCCGAAAAGGGAGACCUUGCUGAAGCCGAGAGGCUGCACCAGAUGGCGCUAAGCAGCGACGACCGAAACGCUGACGCCCGGAACAACUAUGGAACAUUCCUUCAGUCGCACGGGCGCGCGGAGGAGGCCAUGACACAAUACCAGCAAGCUCUAGAUCUCCAGCAAAAUCACACCGUGGCACUCCUGAACGCUGCUAGAAGCCUCCGGAGCAUGAACCUCAACAUGCAGGCAGAGAGCCUGUACAAGAGGGCACUUGCUGUUGAACCAGACCCUCAAGUGAUGGACAACCUCGCCGUGUUCUACGUCAAUGCCGGUCGCCUGGACGAAGCAAGGCAGUUGUUCGAAGAAAUUCAUCGGCUUUUCCCUGAACACCGCGACAGCAAGGUCCACCAUGCUCAGCUUCUCAUUAGGCUCCGCAGCUUCCGAGCGGCUGAGGAUCUCCUUCUAGACGUCAUAGAGAAUAACAGCACUGACAGAGGGGCCUUGCACACGGCUGCGCUCUUGUACAACCACAUCAACCGCACAGUCGAGGCCCUGGACUACAUACUGAAGGCUCUAAAACUGUGCGGCGUUGAUGACCCGCAUUGCGCAAGAAUACACAGUGAUCAUGGAGACAUUCUCAAGGACAUCGGCGACCUCAGCUCGUCUGCACAGAGUUACGAAGUGGCUAUUCGUCUCGAUCCAGACCUCGCUCAUGCUCAUCUCAACCUUGCCGUGAUAAGGCACUUAGAGAGCGACUACCCAGGCGCAUUUCGACACUACCAGGUGGCCCUGUCUCUCGACCCAAAGAACAAGCUCAUCAUUGACAACAUGGCCAAGUUAAGGCGGCGCAUCACUAGGCCACUGCCUUUCCAUGACUGCGUUUAGAGGGGAUUCGUCGUCGAAAUGCAUUUACUGUGUUGCUUUUCUGCAUAGUGGCAUUCAUGUUUUGACGGCACUUUCGACUGGAUUCCCAUUCUAUCGCUUUCUAUACGAGGUAACUUUGUAAAUGAGAAUGCAGACGUCUGAUAAAGACAGUCGAUGGGUAGUAUAUUGACAUCAGGGCUAAUUAACAACAGUUCUGGUGUUCUAACGUUAUGUUUGACAUAAAUAGUGCUCUGGAACAUCCCGUCUCGUUCUAGAGUGCUGCUAAGGCUACCUCCCAAUCUGAUCCAGAGUGCAAUUUCCUGUCCCUGAUUGGAAAGCUGAUAACUUUCCAAAAGUGUUCUUGGAAGCCGGGUAAAUCUGUCGGCUGCAAUUAGGCGAAAUGAGCGAACAGUCUACGUCAUAAGCCCCUUCUGGUAAAUGCAUGGUGUGAUUAUUUAUCCAUUCACACCAUAUCCCGGUGUCAUCUCAGCAUUUUAAUCAAUUUUAAUAUUAGUCAAAUGCAUGACUCCUGAAAGGUAUUUCUUUGUAUUCUUACAUUUGGUUAUUUGCUUUAUUAUCUAGAAAAAAUAUCACUCUUCAAAAGCUUAGUCCAAUGAGUUCUGAUUGCGCGAAAAAAAAAAGAAAACAUCACAAUCACGUUCCACUGAGUUUAUGGCCCUACUUACGAGUAAAGCCUACCUGAGCCACGAAUGCCACUGGUGGUGCAGAAGCAGCCACUGGUGGUGCAGAAGCAGCCACCUUCCAGUAAGAAAUUUCUUAGGCACACGUUGGUGGCUUCUGCGGCGAAUGGGAGUGAAAGUGAAUGGAGAUUAUGAUCGGCUGUCGCAUAGGCCUGUCCUUACGCCUUUUCGAGCAUAGAAAAUGUGAGGCAUGGAAACUUGCUUACAGACUGUGUCAUGCUUGUCGUCCUGUUUAUUCGCCCUUUCCUUGCCACAAGCUCUGGAAUUCCUGUGAAGCGAAGAACCAUUUUUUCGAGCGGUGGCAUAAGACUAUGCAACAAUGUGCCUAGAUUUCCUACUCUCAUUUGAGUGAGUGCGACAUUGCAACGUUACUCUCAAAGUGUGACAGAUUUGCUCAGAUGGGUCGCUGUGUGACUGGACGUGAUGGACCGUUUUUAUGGGCGCUUCCGGAUUAAGUGAAUAGAAGUGAGGAAGUGCGAAGUGACAACUGAAGCAUUCAAUGAAAACCCUAUGAAAUAAAAUGUCUAAUUUCAUCUUCACAUGCCGUGCGCCUAAAUAUUGAUUGAAUUUGCAGAAGCUACUUCCAGCUUUGAAGCUGGUGUACUGUCUAGUAACGGGACGUCGUGCAGAAAGAAUUCUAAGGCUUCUGGAUCAACUCUCUACUGGUAUAAGGUAUAAAUUCUAGUUACAGCGAGUUUUACACAUUCGUGAAAUUCUACGACUCGUUUUGUUGCCCUGCAACACUACUUCUUCAGUAUGUUUUAUCUAGGGCUUCCAUUUUUCGGUAAAUUAGGAAUGCUAGGUGGAAAUUUCUUUCACUACCUAGAAGGUGUUUACGCACCUUCUAGGUAGUUAAAUUCCGUAGGGUGCUCUAGAAGCAGCGUGAUGCAUGCGUAUGGCAAGAAAUUACGAAUUUAUGUUUGGCUGUUGAUUUGGUCGGCACAAUUUGCACCUUCGGAUAAAAAAUUGGCGCUAGCGAUUCAGGAGACAAUUAUUUACAGUCUGUGCACCAGGCAUGGCCGAUUCAGGAGCUUGAGAGCUAAUUGUAUGAUUUUCGUCAGCCUGCAUUUAAACUGUAGGAUCAUAAGUUGAAGUACGCGUUUAUUGGAAAGCUCCUGUUUGCAUAAGUUUGCCAGAAAUUGUCAUCGUCAGCACCAGUUCCCAAAUAAUAAUAUAAGACGAAGCUGCUUAACCUACAGCCUCGUUACAGGUUGUCAGGAGCGCCACGGUACAUUGCUACAGCUCUGGGCUCAUUUCUAGAUGUUAAGCGUGCAUGCCUGAAGGUUCAUUUAUUCGCAAUGAAAUAACUUGUCUGACUGGUGUCCCACCUAGUGACUACAACCUGAAGUUUCAGUGACGUCAGAAACUGACAACGUUGCGAUGUCCCGCUGUGCGAAAAUAUGUGCCGUGUGUGGGAGAUGCCAAGGAAUACUACUCUUAAAGAGUGCGUUGGGUGUAUCUGCAGUGAUCAAAUAAGUGUGCGAUAGGGAUUGCGUUACAUCGGCACAGUUCGAGGCAGCGCAAACGAAUGACAACGAAAGGGUAAUGAAAGAAUGUGACCUUUUGCGUGGCUGGCUGACGAAAUGAAUGAUUGCUCAAGUUGGACCUUGUGAUAUGACAGAGAAAAUAAACCGCAAAUAAGUCAACCUAGGCUACGCCAACCCUUUUUCGGAGUGUGCUAAGAACAACACCAUAUUAUUAUCUUACUCUCGGUUUUUCUAUUCCUUGAAAAUUGUAAUCAGUGGUGUUUCAUUGGCGUAACUUUGUGAGUGCGUGCCCUUUGUAUAUAAUGCAAACAGGCUGUCCAAGAUUGAAGGUCAGUUUUAACCAACUGUUCUUCGCAGCUGACUUCUUAGCAAGAAACUUGAUGGUGGUAACUUUGUACCGUAGGUGUUUAUCGUACCUAAAAUAUUUCACGCAUUGAAUAUGUUGCCUUCCUUCCACUAUAGCUGCAUAGUGGCAUCUUGAUUGCAAGAUGACCUUACAAGAGCCGUUACUCAUGUCGCCUUACUUCGCCAGAGCCUAGCAAGGGUAGCUCCCCUUCAUGAAGAGUGUUUCACUGUGUGAAUAAUUUGCCAACUGUCGCGAAUGCUAGGUGUUCAUCGAUAUUGUUGCUUGCCGUCAGAGAGUCAUUCCAACCAAAAGUUGUGUUUUUAUAGGCCACAAGCAAUGAUGUCAUCGAGCCGUGUAUGGUUUUCGCGGUUUUGUAUCUAUGGGAGUGCAUAGUUUUCUUACCAUCCAAUAACUGAAUCUUCGUUUGAUAGAGUUAUUUUUCCUAUAGCACAAUGAACUGAAAUGGCCAGUGUCUCUGCCCCCUUACGUAUGCUUGUCUGUCGUCGUGUAUAAGAGUGCCAUUGUUGGAGGUAUCGUUUCACAUGUGUGUGGCUGAGUGUUAUUUGUGUGUAACAAGUUUGUAGCAAAUGUCAUGCUGUCAUGUUAUCCCACAUUUUGGAAGAAAAAAGCGAGGCCUUCAAGAAA